AUGUUGCGAUCAUCGCUUCGGUCAGCGAGGGCUCUUGGCAGCAAGCCCAUUGUGGCUGCUGCCGGCCGCCAAUGGCCCAGUGCGGCUUCGCGACGAGCCGGUUUGCUUGGAGCGAGAUCUUACGCCGAUGCUAAAAAGCCAGAUGCCGACGUUCCCAAGCCCCCCGUGAUGCCGACGUCUGAGACCCUGAGCUCCGAAAGAAGCCCACCUCCACCAGCUGCCGAAGUUGUUGAUGCGAAUACCCCGAAAACCAACAACGUUCCUUUGACGCCGCCUCCGCCUCCUCCUCCAGCUGAGGCUACCAAGCCUCCCGCGAAGAAGAAGAGCUUUUCCCAGAGACUUCGAAACUUCGUUUUCACACUAAUGGUUCUCGGAGCUGUUGGCUUCGCAGGUGGUGUCUGGUAUUCGCGAAUAAAUGACAACUUCCAUGACUUCUUCACCGAGUACAUUCCAUAUGGAGAGCAGGCUGUGCUCUACCUCGAGGAGCUUGAGUUCAAGAAGAAGUUCCCCGAUGCCGUGAGCCACGACUCCCGAUCCCGCGAAACCGGCAAGCAAGUCAAGAUUCCCGCACAAAGCGGCGCUUCUUGGAGAGUGGCCGAAAGCUCCGACGCCUCUUCUCGCCAUUCCAGUGCCUCUCCUGCUACUGUGAAAGCUGUGAACAAGCAGGCCGAGAAGAAGGAUAUUGCUGACAAGACGCCAUCCGAUCCCGUCACCGCGCAAUCCAAGCCAGCCGAAACGGCAACUCCCAAGGCUGUUGGUGAGCACCUUACUGCCGACUCAUCCAAGCCAUCUUCGAAGAAGGAAUUUAAGGCACCUGAGGUCAACGAGCCGUCUCGAUUCCCACCCCUGGAGCCUAUUGACUUGAUGCAGCUUUCCGAAGCCAAGGACCCUAUCGUCCGAGAUCUUGUGCACAUGCUCAACGACCUUAUCUUGGUUGUAAAUGCUGAUGGGGCCCAUGGUCGCUACUCCACCACCAUUGCCAAGGCCAAAAAUGAGAUUCUCCGUAUCGGCAGCCGUCUUCAGGAUUUGAAGAAGGGCAUCGAGAAGAAGGCGGCUAGCGAGGUCAAGUCUUCAAUCGAGGAGUUUGACGCUGCCGCCACUGAACUCAUCAAGCGUGUUGAGAACACCAUGCUGUCUCAAGAGAUUGAGUGGCGCCGAGAAUUUGAGGAAGAAAUGAAAUCGGUCCGCAACAGCUACGAUGAACGUGUCCAGCUGUUGAUGGAACGAGAGAAGAAGCUCAACGAGGAAAAACUCCAGAACCAGCUUUUGGAGCAGGCUUUGGCUCUGAAGAAGGAAUUCGUGCAGGAGGUCAAGGACCGUGUCGAGAAGGAGAGAGAAGGUCGUCUCGGCAAGCUCGCAGACCUGAGCUCGGCAGUCUCUGAAUUGGAGAAGCUCACAGUUGGUUGGAACGGCGUCGUGGACACUAAUCUCAAGACUCAGCAGCUCCACGUUGCUGUCGAAGCUGUCCGUGCCAGCCUAGAAAACGCUUUUCACCCCAAGCCAUUUAUCCGAGAGUUGGUAGCCCUGAAGGAGAUUGCCAGGGACGACCCUGUUGUCGAUGCUGCCAUUGCUUCUCUCAACCCUCUUGCUUACCAGCGUGGUGUUUCCAGUCCAUCCCUACUGAUUGACAGAUUCCGCCGCGUCGCAACUGAGGUCAGGAAAGCUUCUCUUCUGCCCGAUGACGCAGGUGUUGCCAGUCACGCCUCCAGCUGGGUCCUCAGCCAUGUCAUGUUCAAGAAGGAAGGUCUUGCCGAGGGCAACGAUGUCGAAAGUAUUCUGACACGCACACAAACUUAUCUAGAGGAGGGCGAUUUGGACUCGGCCGCGCGAGAAAUGAACAGUCUGCAAGGAUGGGCUAAGACGCUCAGCAAAGAUUGGUUGGGUGAGGUACGCAAGGUGUUGGAAGUUCAGCAAGCACUUGAUGUUAUUGCUACGGAAGCGAGACUCCAGAGCUUGAGAGUAGAUUAA